UCAUAGCGGUAUUUAACGGCUCGUUGGCCCAGUCGCCAUUUGUCAAUUGUCAUAUUAUAUUUAUUAAUUUAUUGUAUUUAUAAUUUAAUGAUAAAUGAUUAGUUUAAAGUCGAAAUGGAAUUAAGUGAACAUUCUAUAAAAAGAAAACAAAAUGUUUUAAUAUGUGACAAAGAUGGAGAUUCUCAAGAGCAAAAUGUUAAUGUACAAGUUAAAUCAGAACUGGAAGAAUGCAUGUUUGAAGAAAGUAAUGAUUACACACAGGAUUCUUUAUCAGAAUCAUAUUGUUCGGACGAUAUUAAAAUAGAAAUAGAAGAACAUGUGUUACAAUGUGAAAUAAGUGGCCCAUUCCCCCUCAUUUCCAAGCAAGAAGUCAAAAUUGAACUUGAUGAACAUAAUUUAGGAGUAAAUCAUGGGUGUGAAACUCGAUAUACGCAAGAAUUAGACUCCAAGAAAGAUGUAAAAUUCCAGAUAGGAGCUUCAACUGAGAUACAUCAUGAUCAUGAAGACCAUUGUAGAAGUAUGAAAACGUCAAAAUUACUGUCAAACAUUGGCCAACAAAAAGAAAAUAUGGAUUAUGAAAAGGAGACUAAAAGAUUAUUAAAAUUAUUUGAGGAAGUAUUAACUGAUGAGGAAACUUAUGAAGAUAAUGAUGAUCAAAGUGAAAUUGACCAUGUAGAAGAACGAUCUGAAUGUAGUGAUACUGAACAAGAAUUUGAAGACGAUCAAACAGAAGAAGAUAAUGUUAGUUUCAGAAGGGAGCCGCACUUUAUGGGUAAAGAUAAACUAACAAAGUGGAUAAAACAUUGUCCACCGAAGAAUGUAAGAACACGCAGUACCAAUAUAUAUGAACGAUUGCCAGCUAUAAAACAAUUUGUUAAAACUCAUUCAACACCUAUUGACAUAUGGAAUUCCAUGUUUGAUGAAGAAAUGCUAAAUCAAGUUGUUAUCUGUACAAAUAUAAAAAUUGAGACUGUUACCAAUGAUUAUACUAGACAAAGAGAUGCGAAACCUACAGACAUUGCCGAAAUCAAAGCCCUAAUUGGUCUCCUUUAUCUUGCUGGUAUUAGAAAAGCAAACCACAUGAAUUUAGAGGAUCUCUGGAGAACAGAUGGCACUGGUAUUGAAACUUUUCGGCUUGUAAUGAGUAAGUCUAGAUUUCAAUUUCUUUUGCAAUGUCUACGAUUUGAUAACAUUCACACAAGACAUGAAAGGAUACAAGCAGAUAAAUUGGCUCCAAUACGAACAUUGCUAGAGAAAUUUAACAGCAACAUUAAAAAAUGCUAUUCUCAUACUGGUUAUGUUACCAUAGAUGAGAAACUAGAAGCUUUUCGAGGAAAAUGCAGUUUCCGGCAAUAUAUUCCUAGCAAACCUAAUAAAUACGGCAUAAAAAUUUUUGCUAUUUCCGAUGCAGAAGAAUUCUAUACCAGCCACUUAGAAGUGUACGUCGGAAAACAACCAAAUGGCCCUUUUGAAGUAAGUACAGCGACUCAAGAUGUAGUAGAAAGGCUUUGUGCACAUAUUUAUGGGAGUAAUAGGAAUGUUACUGUGGAUAAUUGGUUUUGUAGUGUACCUCUAGCUGAUAGUCUUAAAUCAAAAAAAUUAACUUUAGUGGGUACUAUUCGAAAAAAUAAAAAACAGUUGCCGUUAGAAUUUGUUCAAAAUAAUGGCCGGUGCAUUGGCUCUUCAAUGUUUUGUUUUUACGACGGAAUUACCUUAGUUUCGCAUAUUCCAAAAAAAAAUCGAAAUGUUCUACUCAUCUCUACAAUGCACUAUGGAGAUGAUAUUGAUCCUACCACAAAUAAACCUGAGAUGAUAAUUACAUAUAAUGAGACGAAGAGCGGAGUAGAUGUGGUGGAUAAAUUAUGCGCGCAGUAUAAUUGCGCUCGUUCCACAAGACGAUGGCCCAUGGUGCCUUUUUUUAGUGUGUUAAAUGUAGCAGGAAUAAACUCUUUUGUAGUUUAUACUACUCUAAAUGAACAAUCUAAAACACCUCGUAAGGAAUUUCUACUGCAACUCUCGAUGUCACUAACCCGUGACUACCAAAGAGUACGGGCUAUGUCGAAUAACUUACCCAGAACCAUCAGAAUGAGGCUUAGGGAGAUAUGUGGUUUACCAACAGAACAAGUACCAGUCGUAACACCAGGAACUUCAGGUCGCUGUGCUGUUUGUGAUUGGAAGAAAAAUAGAAAAACAAAGUUUUACUGCCAAAUAUGCUCAAAAUAUCUGUGUUUGGAACAUGUGACACCAUUGUGUAUUUCAUGUUUUAAAAACGUUAAUUAAUUUUUAUAACUUUUUUUGUUACUACAAUUACUCUUUAUUUUUAAUUUUUUUGUGUAUUGAAUUAAGAUCUAAAGUUCUUAGUAAACAAAUUUAACCAUA